AUGGCGUUGAGUGCCGAGAUCCCCAACGCACCCCCGGAUGAGCGGUCCGACGAGGUGCUCGCGGACCACGAGUACGGGAAGCUCACCAGCCCCGACCACCUCUAUGUGUCCAAGCACCCGUUGGGCGAGCCCCUCCCCACCCCCGUCGACGACGAGCCCCCCAUCCUCAUCUACAUCCUCACCUACAUCUCGUACUUGAUCCUCAUCAUUAUUGGUCACGUACGGGACUUCUUCGGCAAGAUCUUCAAGGCCCAGGACUACCGGCAUCUCGUUGAGCACGACGGCUACGCCCCGUGGUACGAUGCCUUCGAAUCGUUCUACGUGCGGAGAAUGAAGACGAGAAUCGACGACUGCUUUGCUCGUCCCAUCCACGGCGUCCCCGGCCGGUUCGUCAAGUGCUUCAACCGGGUGCGCCACGGCCGCUACGGCUACUUGUACGACGGCACCCUGACCGAGUGCCUCAAUUUGUCCAGUUACAACUACUUGGGUUUCGCCCAGUCGAAGGGGGUGUGCACCGACGUCGCCCUAGACAUUUUAGACAACUACGGGGUGUCGCUGUGCUCGCCCCGUUCGCAGGGUGGCACCACCGACUUGCACCAGGAAACCGAGCGCGUCAUCGCUAACUUUGUUGGCAAGGAAGAUGCCAUCAUCGUCUCGCAAGGGUACGGUACCAACGCCAACUUGUUCAUGCUGAUCGCCGACAAAAACACGUUGGUGAUCUCCGAUGAGUUGAACCACGCGUCGAUCCGGUUCGGGAUCCGGUUGAGUGGUGCCUGCGUCAAGGUAUUCAAGCAUAACAACGUCGACGACUUAGAAAAACGGAUUAGGGAACAGAUUGCCCAGGGCCAGCCGCGGACGCAUCGCCCUUGGAAAAAGAUCAUCAUCGCCGUGGAAGGGUUGUACUCGAUGGAAGGUAACAUGUGUAAUUUACCCCGGCUUAUAGAGCUCAAAAACAAGUACGGCUGUUACCUUUUCGUCGACGAGGCCCACUCGAUCGGUGCCCUUGGUCCUCAAGGCCGUGGGGUGUGUGACUACUUCCAGGUGGACCCCAACGAGGUCGACUUGUUGAUGGGGACGUUCACCAAAUCAUUUGGCGCCACCGGCGGGUACAUCGCCGGUGACAAGACCAUCAUUGACCGUCUCCGUCUUGAUUACAUCACUCAGAACUACGCCGAAGGCGUGCCUCCCCCCGUGUUGGGCCAAAUUCUUCUGUCAUUGCUGGUGAUUGAAGGCAAGCUCAACCCCGGUGAAGGUAAGGAACGUUUGCAGAGAAUCGCCUUUAACCUGCGAUACUUGCGACUCGGACUCAAAAAGCUUGGUUUCAUCGUCUACGGUGCCGACGACUCCCCCGUGAUUCCGGUGUUGGUGUUUUUGCCCGCCAAGAUGCCGGUGUUGCUGCGGUCGUUGUACCUGAUGGGGAUUGCCAUUGUCAUUGUGUCGUACCCGGCUACGCCAUUGAUCUCGGCUCGGGCCCGGUUGUGCGUGUCGCUGGCAUUGACUAAGGAGGACUUGGACCUUAUUCUCACCAAGUUCUCCGAGCUUGGCGACUUGUGCUACCUCAAGUUUUCUCUGGGUGUUGCCGGGGGGUCGAAGGAGCCGGGUAAGCCGCCGAGAUGGCUGAUCGAGGAGGUGUUGGCGACGAAUGUCGAGGACUGCAAGAAGCCUAAGUUGACGUAA